AUGCACGUCUUCGUAGAUGCUAGCGAGUUAGCUUAUACAGCACUCAGCUAUUUUCGUAUAAUUGACCGUGGGAUUGUCCGUGUUGCUCUAGUCGCAGCGAAAUCUAAGGUUGCCCCACUCCAAGCUCUAUCGAUACCCCGACUUGAACUUCAGGCAGCCGUACUGGGUGUCAGACUAGUAGUGGUAGUGGAGGUAGUGGAACCUCACAGCAUACCGGUACAACGUCGUAUAUUUUGGAGUGACUCCAGUACGGUACUUUCGUGGAUUGGAUCCGAUCAAAGACGAUAUCGUCCGUUUGUAGCGUUCAGAAUUAACGAAAUCUUAACAGAGUCAGAUGAAAAAGAAUGGCACUGGGUUCCUACCCGAUUAAAUGUGGCCGAUGAAGGCACUAAGUGGACCAAGAUUCCAGAUCUUUCACAGCAUGGUCGCUGGUUUAAAGGACCGGAGUUCCUUUACAAGGAAGAAGCAUUCUGGCCGCAACAAAAUCAACACCUGUCAGAAACAACAGAAGAUUUACGAGUUGUUCAUGUUCACAAACAUCUAAUUACUGAACCAUUAGUUGACUUUAGUCGUUUCUCCAGAUGGGAAAGGCUUUUAGGAGCAUUGAGAUACGUGUAUCGUUUCCUCUGGAGAUCUAAAAGGGUCGAUAGCGAGAAUAUAUCAACAAGAGGCGAACUACAAGCAGCAGAGAGAAUUGUGUGGAAGCAGGUACAAAGCGAAGAAUUUCACGAUGAAAUGGUGAUCCUCAAACGUAACCUGGAACUAGUGAGUAGAGAGCAGCAUCUGCAGCUGCCUAAAUGCAGUCGAAUAAUUAACGUAUCACCCUGUCUUGACGAGUUUGGGGUGAUGCGCAGCGAGAGUCGUUUGGAAUCUGCCAACUUAAUUCAGUACGAUGCCAGGUUCCCGAUAAUCCUCCCGAGGGGACAUCACGCAACAAAUCUUUUAUUAGAUUGGUAUCAUCGUAAGUAUAGACACGAGAACGGAGAAAUAAUCGUCAACGAAAUACGCCAGAGAUUUUCCAUUGCACGAUUGAGAAUUGAAGUGCGGAAGGCAGCUAAACACUGUCAAUGGUGCCGAGUCUUCAAGGCGGUGCCAAAUGCACCACGAAUGGCUGCUCUUCCUCCCGCCAGGCUCAUGCCAUUCACUCGACCGUUCACAUGCACCGGAAUCGACUAUUUUGGUCCCUAUCUUAUUAAAAUAGGAAGAAGUUGCGUGAAAAGGCCAUUGACCUACAUACCAUUGAAAAAUUCAGAGGAAGAAUCGCUAACCCCGAAUCAUUUCCUUCUGCUUAAUUCGAAGGGAACUUGUCAGCCGAUGAAGACACCAGUACAAGAUGGUAUUGUACUGAGGAGUAGCUGGAACCUUAUUCAGAAUGUUUUGGAUCGUUUUUGGAAUCGUUGGGUUAAAGAGUAUUUGCCAACAAUCUCACGAAGAACUAAGUGGUUUUCUGAUACUAGGCCAAUUAAGGUGGGAGACUUGGUAGUAGUAGUGGAUGAUCAAGUAAGAAAUAAAUGGGUGAGAGGACGGGUCUUGAAGGUAUUCCCAGGUAAAGAUGGAAGAGUUCGGAAGGUAGAACUGCAGACUUCGACAGGAGUGUACCAGAGGCCGGUUGUUAAGUUGGCUUUGCUGGAUGUCGAAGGUUCUAGUACAGCUUAG